AUGACAAAAGUCGCGGUUCUCGGAGCGUCUGGCCAGAUAGGUCAACCUUUGAGUUUGUUGCUCAAAUCUAGCCGACUUGUGACAGAGUUGAGACUCUACGAUAUCGUCCAUGCCGUUGGCGUAGCUACAGACUUGAACCACAUCGACACGCCCGCAAAGGUCAGCGGCUAUCUACCAGAAGACAAUGGUCUCGAAAAGGCAUUGACUGGUGCCGAGUUGGUCAUUAUCCCAGCCGGCAUUGCGAGAAAACCGGGCAUGACGCGCGAUGACCUCUUCAAAACAAACGCCACCGUCAUUGCAGACCUCUUGUCGGGUGUCGCAAAGUUCUGCCCAACCGCCUUCGUCGCCAUCAUCACGAAUCCCGUUAACAGCACCGUGCCAAUAGCGGUGGAGGUACUCAAAAACGCCGGCGUAUUCAACCCGCGCAAAGUGUUCGGAGUCACAACGUUGGAUGUCGUUCGCGCAUCAACAUUUGUCGCGCAUACGUUGGGUGAAGAGGACCCUCAGAAGUUCAAGGUCCCAGUCGUCGGUGGUCAUUCUGGAGCGACUAUUCUGCCGCUUUUCAGUCAAAGUCAGCCUCCGGUCGAGCUCACGAAAGAGCAACUUGACGCAAUCACGUAUCGUGUCCAAUUUGGCGGUGAUGAGAUCGUGAAAUCGAAAGCAGGCGCUGGCUCCGCGACUACCUGCAUGGCCUACGCAGGCUUCCGAUUCGCACAAGCAAUCAUCAAGGCUUCAAAGGGCGAGACCGGAAUUGUAGAGCCAGCUUAUGUGUACUUGCCCGGCGUGCCCAAUGGCGAGCAGAUUGCUAAAACCCUGGAUGUGGAGUAUUUCGCAGUACCCAUUGAAUUCGGUACCGAGGGGGCCGUCAAGGCAUUUCCAGUUGGGAAACUGUCCGCGUAUGAGCAGGAUCUGCUGAAGACAGCCGUUAGGGAGCUAAAGGGUAACAUUGCCAAAGGCGAGGCCCACGUGAGAGGUGGCUCGCUCUCUUAA